ACGUGGUUGAGAUGUUUAAUGUGAAUGAAUUAAAAGACCAACAGAAAGAGAUACUGGAUUCGAUUUUAAGUAAGAAGCACACGGUUGCUGUUUUGCCUACAGGUUAUGGGAAGUCUCUACCAUAUCAGAUGUACAUCCCUGUAUUGAGAGAGAGCCAUGCAGAGACACCCAAGGUGGUGGUUUGUUGCCCUCUUGUGGCUUUGAUGGAGGACCAAGUGAAUCGUUUAAACAGAGUUCCGAUUGUAAGCAUGGCAGGUAAUUCUAUAGAAGGAGAUGAGAGGAUCAAGGCUGGGGAUGUUGACAUCAUUUUUGCCUCACCUGAAGCCCUUGUUGGAGACCCUCAGUGGCGAUGUCACAUGCAGAAGUUGAAUGUUGGUUUGCUGGUGAUAGACGAAUUUCAUACAAUAGCUACAUGGUAG